AUGACAGCGAGUCUCUAUACUUAUACACAGAGAAAACGGCCACUUUCUUUAGCAACAUACCACAGCACUCAAUUUCUCCGACACAAGCCAUUGCAGGCUUAUAAUUCAUUAUGGCCAACGCCGCUGAAAAGAUCUCGGUCUAUAAUCUUGCUGAUCUCAAGAACACAUCCGACGAUGCUAUCCCCAACUACCUAAACUCUCUCAAGUUCCGCCAAUCUCACACCCUCACCGAUGUCCGUCUUGCGCUCGGAUACACUGCUUUCGGUAUUGCAGCUGCUUGUUUCCUCUGGGACUACAAGCUAGGCUUUGAGAGCACGAAAUACUACACAGCUGCUGCCGUUACGCUCUACACCUUGAUCAAUGGCGUCUUGACACUAUGGAUUAUGUUCCGUGAAAAGGGUGUUGUGUACGAGGGAACUUCACCCUCAGGAGAGAAGAUCUCCAUCAGCAGCUCUACAAAGAAGAACGUCCCCAUCUACAACCUUACUAUUACUGUCACUGAUAAGAACUCGAAAUCCACCGUUCACAAAAUCUCUAAGCCUUUCAGCGGCUGGUUCGACCAGACUGGCCAAUUUGUUGCUGUUCCCUUCCAGGAGCUCCUCGCCAACUCAGUACCUUUGAUCGGCAAGCGGGACCCCAAGCGUGUCACCGUCUCUAAGGAGUUGUUGGAUGCCAGCCCUGAUGUUCUCGAUGCUAUUCUGGCUGCCAACGCCACUGGUGCCGAGGCCGCAUCCACACCAGAAGUAACUGAAAAGAAGGGUGGCAAGCGACGCAAGGCGUAAAAAGGGGUAUAGUGUAGCUUAAAGAGAAUAAGAAGUGGUUAUAUAUAGUAUGGCGUUUGUAGGGAAUCAUCUUGAU